AUGGCAGCAGCCGGGCGCGACGACGCCAGCAUCGAGGGCGAUCCCCGCGGGAGCGCGCCCGAAGAGGAGGGCCUCGUCAUCGGCGAACCCAUAGUCGUCGUAGUACCCGUUAUUUCGCCGAGGAAGAGAGAGCGAGAAGUGGGUCAAGACGGCGGUGGCACCACCCUCUCCGCGGUGGUCGACAGCAGCAGCAGCGGUGGUGGCGGCGGUGGCGUUGGUGGCGAAGAAGACGAGGGCUCGAAGAAGCUCGAGCGGAAGGGCAGCCUCUCGCGGAUGAGGCACAUGGUAGAGAAGAUGGUCCUCAAGCGCAAGGAGAGCCGCGAAGGCGAGAGGCGGAACACACAUGAGGGGUCCUCAACCACCUCGGCACCUCCUUCACCGGCACCCGCACCACUCGUGCCCACGCUGGUCAUGACCCAGCGGAGCCAGCUCCUCAAGCUGCAGGCCCUGAUCGACGCCGAACUUGCGAGCCAGUUCCCGCACCGUACGCCCAACGACGUGGGCGCGGCUCUGGCCGAGCUCGAACCCCAUCUCCUCCGCAUCCUGCAGCGAUUGGCCCAGCCGUCGCCGACACCGGCGUCGCCGGCGCCGUCACGGUCGACACGGGUGCGGUUGGCCUACGAAUACGACUCGAGUCUCGUGUCGGACGAGCCACAGCCGCAGCCGCAGCCGCAGCAGCCGCUCAGCAAGGAGAAGGUGAUCAUCAUCAACGGCAUGACGCACCCCGAGCCCUUGUGGCCGCCACCCCGCUCCUCGACGCCGUCGUCCCCUCUCGUCUCGGUGCGGCUGCACACCAGCGAAGGCGAAGAGGGCGAGGCCGGCGAGCCGCAGGUGCUCAUACGGCGCGGCGCCAGCCGGCACGACGGAGGCCUGCUCGACGACGACAGCGGCAGCAGCAACCACAACGGAGACCUCGACAACGACUACGACGACGACGAUGACGUCAGCAGCGUGGCCGAUUUCCCUGCGCGGCCCACGUCGCGAAGGCGCGGCGGCGAGGCCACGAUGCGGUCCGAGCGGCGGACGCCUAAGUCGGAGGGCCGGCCGCGAGCCCACAGUCGCGCGGAGCGGGAGAAGCCGAACAUCAUCGACGCCGGCGAGGAGGUCAGGCCGCUGGUGGAGGUCGGCCGGCCGCGUAGCCACAGCCGCGUGGAGCGGGAGAAGCCGAACAUCAUCGACGUGGGCGGGGGCGAGGACCAGACGCCCGCCAGCGUUGGGCGGCGCCACAGGAGCGAGCGGGGAUCGUCGAAGAAGGAGCAGAAGAUGGUGGUCGUGGUGGUGAAGGAGGAGCUUGACGACAAGGAAAAGAAAGCAGAUCAUGGCGACGAUGACGAAGACGACGAUCUCGAGGCCUGGACGGCGAGCCAACAAGAAGGAGGCGGGAAGAAGAAGGAGAAGGAGAAAGAGAAGAAGAAAAAGCGAAGCAAGAGCAUGGGCAGCAAGGAGGAGGCGAAGGACGUGGACAAGAUGGCGGCCAACAGCGAAGAGAAGACGCCGACCAAGAUGAAGAAGAGGUGGAUGACGAUGCGAAAGAUGAACUCGGGCAAGGUGCCCAAGGCGAUGAGCGACACCAUGGUGGCGACGCGCGACGAGGCCGAAGAGCAGCAGCAGCUGCAGGGGGGCAGCUCCGAGGUGUCGCCGCCCGGCCGCAAGGGCGCGUCAGGGUCGAGCUCGCUGUCGGGGCGGAGCAAGAGCGGCCCGAUCGCCCGGGCGUCGAAGGCCAAGGCGGCCUCGCCGCGCGUGGUGCGGGCGAACUCGAUGGACACGGGCGAGCGGAGGAAGGUGGCGCCGCACGCGGCCGGCGGAGGGAAGGACAGCGGCGGCGGCAGCGGCGGCGGCGGCAGUAAGGGUGGCGGAGGAGAGGACUCGCUAAGCAGCCCGAGCAAGAAGAAGAUUAAGAAGGAAAAGGAAAAGAGGAAGAAGGAGAGGAAGAAGGAGAAGGAGAAGAUGAAGGAGAAGGACCGACGGUCGUCUUCAGAAGAGGACCAACGACGAAUUAUUUUUAAUCGGUCACAAAAACUCGAUAUUUAA